UAGCUGUUGUAUAGGCCGCGUAGCCUCGGCCAUGUGCGAGAAGCAGUUCACAAUUACCGGGAGUGCAGCCGCCUAGCGCUGUGCGGCAACCUGCAAUGACCAUGACGAGCCUGAGUCUGACUCUGAGAGAUGAGCAGCAGCUAGCAGAAAUGAAAAGAGCUAUGAUGGUGCUCAGAUAUAAAGUAUGUCUUUUGAGGUCCACUGUUGGGAGACUCUUCAGCACAAGCUCGGGCAAGAAGAAUGUCAGAGUAAGAUUUGCUCCAAGUCCCACUGGUUUCUUGCAUUUAGGUGGUCUGCGGACAGCCCUCUACAACUUCAUCUUUGCAAAGUCUCGUGGUGGAACUUUCAUUCUACGCAUAGAGGACACAGACCAGACAAGGCUUGUGCCUGGCGCCCUUGAUAAUCUCCACUCAAUGCUAGAAUGGUCUGGUCUUUUUCCAGAUGAAGGUCCUUUACCAGGCGGCAGGCAUGGUCCAUAUGUGCAAUCAGAGAGACUUCAUCUCUACAAUCAACACAUACAGACACUACUUGAAAAUGGCACUGCCUACAAAUGCUACUGCUCUUCUCAACGUCUUGAGUUACUGAGGAAGGCUUCAAUACGGAACGGGGAAACACCUAGGUAUGACAAUAAAUGCAGGCAUCUAUCACAGACAGAUAUGGACACACAAGCAGCAGAAGGGAAGAGCUUUGUCAUACGAUUCAAGCUAAAUCCUGUUGUAGAGCCUAACAAUGACUUGGUCUAUGGUAGAACGCUGUAUGAUGCAGGCCAUAUUGAAGGUGACCCAGUUUUAAUGAAGAGCGAUGGCUACCCCACCUACCACUUUGCCAAUGUAGUAGAUGAUCACUUGAUGGAGAUCAGUCACGUUUUACGAGGACAGGAAUGGUUAUCAUCAGUAUCAAAGCAUCUUUCACUCUAUCAAGCAUUUGGAUGGCAGCCUCCUCAGUUUGCUCAUCUCCCUCUAUUGAUGAACAAGGAUGGGUCGAAGCUGUCAAAGAGACAAGGGGAUAUCUUUGUGGAACAAUUUAAGAAUCAAGGUUACAUGCCUGAAGCAUUGCUAAACUUCAUCACAUUCUGCGGGUCAGGGUUUGAUGACAACAGGAAGAUCAGAAGUAUGGAGGAGUUGAUUUCAGAUUUCUCUCUAGAUAAAGUCACCACCCACUCUGCCGUGCUGGACAUGGAUCUACUGGAUGGGGUCAAUCGAGGUCACCUAUCAAGGUUAUUGGGGUCAAGUAAAGGUCAACAAAGACUAAUAAAGGAACUCAGAGAGACAGUCAGAGAAGAACUUGGAGGAAGGACAAACAGCUCUCUUCAUGAAAUGGAUGAUGACUAUCUCAGAAAGGUUUUACUAGCAAGGAAGGAUCACAUUGGAAGAUUAAAAGACUUGACAUCACCCAACUAUGCAUUUCUAUGGGUUUGUCCCGAUCUGACUACGACAGACUUUUCUUCCAUAACGCAAUACUCAGAUUUUAUACUGUCUUCUGCAAUCAGUCACCUUGAUCCAGUUUAUUCUUUCACCAAAGAAACAUUAAGUCCUAUUCUGAGACAGAGUUUCACAUCACUGCCAGAAGGUCUCAAGUAUCCUCAGUGCAUGAAGGUCCUUAGAGUAGCGAUGAGUGGUUUGAAGCAAGGGCCUGCUGUGGCUGAGAUGAUGGAGAUACUAGGAGGAGAGGAGACGGUCAGGAGACUGAAGACGGCUCUUAAUCAUCUCCAAAGAUAGCAUCUCGUCUAGGUCUCGCGACUUUGGAUAUCUGUAAUUUCCAUGCCAUCCAGUGAAUCUGAGAUGAGACCAGCCAAUGGUAAAGGGAGAUUGAGAGACACAGCAUGAAGGCAACCUGUCAUGAAGCCUUGUUGGUUAUAGCUGAGACUGAGAAGCAUGAAUUAUGUACAAGCAUCCUGAUAAGACAGAUUUGGAUCAUUGACUGAUCUGCAGUCUCGCUCCCAGCUUUGAUUCACACCCUGAUACUGAGUUACCAUAAAGAUUUGCUUUUUAUUAUGCUAAAUACCAGUCACUAAUGGACUCAUUGCGGUUAUCCGGUAGAUCUAAUGAAGAGCACAUUUCAAAAGAAUAUAGUAUAUGACUUAUCAAGACCAGGGAUGAAUCCAGGAUUUUCAAAAAGGGAGGUGGCUCAUUUUGUCCACUGAAAAUUUGACAAGCAAAUAAAGAAAAGGUCCCCACUUUCAAAGGGGGGGAUACUUAGGUGAAAACUGCACAUUUACAUUACAAAUUUUUAUUAUGGCUCUCUCAUGGGCCGGAUAUGCCCCCCCCCCCCUGGAUUCGCCACUGAUCAAGAAAUCUUUCAUCAAAGUUGGUGCUUAUGUCAAGGAAUAUCAAAACACCUUGUCAUUUGAGUUCAAAUGACCUUCUUCUGUGCAGAAUGGAACUAUGAAUUGGCCUAUUGCCCAUUGAACAUAUUAAUACAGCUAAAUCUAAGAAAAUUGUCGUCUGCGCCCCCUAUAUUUCAAAUUCCUGGAUUCGCCACUGUAUCAUGUUUGGCUAGAUAUUGAAUUAUGACCUCGUCACGCUGGCAAAACCAACUCGAUACCAUAAAAGUUAUUAUGUUAUUACCAAUGACAUGGAGCAUUGUGGCCCAGUGGAUUAGUCUCUGGAAUUUGAAACACAG